UUGCAGGGUUAUCUGAAUUCAGGCUAGGCAUGGAGCGAUGGUUACCCUGAUUCUAUGCAUGGGAAAAUAAGGGCUCUAGAAGCCCAUCACGAAUAAGGUUCCCAAGGAAGUACAAGACACAGGCUGGAUUUGAUGCCGGGGCAGUUUCCAGUGGCUACACAAGAAGGAACUCAUAAAGAGGUGGAAUAUGGGAGUGAUAUAGGGAAAUUUUAUUUAGUGAAUAAGGGAAGGAGUAUGAGAGAUGGAAGGAAUGAGUAAGAAAACAUGAGGGAAGUUGGGGGAGCAAGAGAGACUGGGAUCUGGGCACUGUUCCCUUCCUGUGCCUCAGACUCCAUCAGGCAGCCUGAGGGCUUUGAGCUGGAGUCUGCAGCACCUGACAUGUGCAGUGUAUUCCCUGGGAGGCAGGGCCAGCCCCUGCUGAGUAGGCUUAUAAGCCCUGUGGGGGCCCCUGUGGGUGGCAGCUCAACUCAGUCCAGCCAGCAGGAUCACAGAAUCCCGAGCCCAGCCGAGAGGCAGCCGGAGCCAACAUGAUGGUCACUGCAAGAACCCCCUGGGGCUGGUUCCUUGGGCAUCUCAUCCUUGGGGUCACAGGAUCCUUAGCCUCAAGCGCCAGCGGCCGGAUCAUUCAAGGCCAAGACUGCCGUCCACACUCUCAACCCUGGCAGGCGGCACUGUUCUCGGAAGACAAUAUUUUUUUCUGCUCUGGCGUCCUGGUGCAUCCGCAGUGGGUGCUGUCAGCAGCACACUGCAUACAGGAUUCCUACACCGUGGGACUGGGCCUGCACAGCCUGGAAGGCUCCCAAGAGCCUGGCAGCCGGAUGUUAGAGGCCCACCUCUCCAUCCAGCACCCGAACUACAACGACCCUCCUUAUGCCAACGACCUCAUGCUCAUCAAGCUGAACGAAUCAGUGAUGGAGUCUAACACCAUCAGGCGCAUCCCUGUGGCUUCCCAAUGCCCCACCCCUGGGGACACCUGCCUCGUCUCUGGCUGGGGUCGACUAAAGAACGGGAGACUGCCCAGCCUGCUGCAGUGUGUGAACCUCUCGGUGGUGUCGGAGGAGACUUGCCGGCUGCUGUAUGACCCUGUGUAUCACCUCAGCAUGUUCUGCGCUGGAGGAGGGCUGGACCAAAAGGACACAUGCAAUGGAGACUCUGGGGGUCCCAUAGUGUGCAACAGAUCCCUGCAAGGCCUCGUGUCUAUGGGACAAGGACAGUGUGGACAGCCUGGCAUGCCAAGUGUUUACACCAAUCUCUGCAAGUUCACGCACUGGAUCCAGACCACCAUUCAGACCAGCUAUGGACGGAGCACACGGCACACUUGAAGCCUGCUGAGGGAGCCAGAGACUUGGGAUUGUUCCCAGCCCUCUUCCCUCAGACCCACCCACAAGUUCAGGCCCCAGCCUCCUCCCUCAGACUCAGAAGUCCAGGCCCAGCCUCCUCCCUCAGACUCAGGAGUUCAGGCCCAGCCUCCUCCCUCAGACUCAAGGAUCCAGAUCACAACCUCCUUCCUCAGACUCAGGAGUCCAGGCCCAGCCUCCUCCCUCAGACUCAGGAGUCCAGGCCCCAGCCUCCUCCCUCAGACUCAGGAGUCCAGGCCCCAGCCUCCUCCCUCAGACUCAGGAGUCCAGGCCCAGCCUCCUCCCUCAGACUCAAGGAUCCAGGCCACAACCUCCUCCCUCAGACUCAAGGAUCCAGGUCACAACCUCCUUCCUCAGACUCAGGAGUCCAGGCCCAGCCUCCUCCCUCAGACUCAGGAGUGGAACCCGCCUGCACUGUUCUUGGUGUUCCGUGCCUCUAGUAGCCCAGUGCUGACCCAGCCACUGUUAGUGUUGCCCCUCCCCAAGCACCUUCUGUCUCCUCAGGGACCCACAAAUAAAAGACCUCUUGGCUCUGUUUGAA